AUGAGCAAAGAAUAUAUUUCAGCUGAAUCAACUCAGCUUGAAAAGGAGAAGAAAAGGCUUGAUCGUCAAUAUCUCAAGCAGCGAGUCGAGUAUCUGAAACAAUCCCGGAAAAUCAUGGAGAGACAACGAGACGCUCUUGUCAAGGAAAAUAAAGAGCUCAAGGCUAAGAUCGAAUCGAUGGUAGAACCAGUAAAAGACGAAGAAGUAGAGCUCCCACCUCAAACAUCUGACCUUGGAACAAUGUACGGAUCCUCAGAUUCCUGGACUUUGACGACCAAUGCUGACUCCAAUACUCAAAAAAGCUACGAGCGCUUCAGCGAUGCGAGUCAAAAAUCCAAGGAAAUGGCUUUGUAA